GAGGUCCUAGUGCUAUAUAUAUGACAUGGAAGUUCAACAUGUGGAAGAUUCUGUUGACCUGUAUGCCGAUCUGUUAGAGGAUAAAGCUUGUCCACCCGAACAAAUUCCAUGCCAAGAAAAGCAAUCUCCAGUUGUUCCGAGCAUUGAUGAGACCAGUAGAUUGACAACGUUAGAUCUUUACGAUGACCUAAUUACCCAUGAAGGUUUACAACAGGAAAACGCUCAUCAGGAGUUAAAUGAAAAAUACAAGGCUGCUUUGGACACCAUCAGUGAUUUGGAGAGACGACUGGAAGCAGCGAAAAAGCAGGAGGCAUUCUACGUAGAGAAAUGUCAGACCCUGGAGAAAAACAUCUCCCUAUUGUACGUCACUGCUAAAGCAGAGCUCCAGAGAAAGGAUUCUCAGAUAGAGGAACUCAGGAAGAAGCCAAAUUACAGAAGACAAUGGCGGAAACCCAACUGUCAAGAACCGGUCAGUGAAUUAGCCAAAGAAGAAGACCACACAAGGAGUAAUGGACACAGUGUUAGUGCCAGUCUGAGUGCAAAGAAAGACACACAGCAAAGACCAGAGACCCGGAAAUCUCCCAGAAAAAGAAAAUGUCUGAGUUCUUGGGAAGACUCGAGAGACAACUCCAAGAAGAGAUCUAAGAAAGAAGAGUCCAGCCACAAAGCAACAGAACCGAGUUCUUCUUAUCAUGGUGUUCAGUUUCACUCCGAGAAGUCACGUGAUGGUUUGAUAUCUGCUAGAAAACUAGUGGAAAAAAGCAUCAAAGACUUGAGGAACAGGAGAUCUAAUGAGUUUAAAAGAAAUGCAAAGGAUCUUUCGAACUCUGUGAUUGAGAAAGACUUUUCAGGGGUUAGUUUAGUUAAUUCACAAUCUGACCAUCAGUCUUUCAAUGUGACAGUGACACAGUGCAAUGAAAAGCGGAGUAAACCUAGUGAAGUCGGCACAACUGAAGACUCAUUAGUCCACAAAGAAAGUGAAAUUAGUAUGAAGGGUUUAAUUGACAAUCAGAAAAAUGUGAAGAAAGAUCCUAAGGAGGAAUCAUUACAUAGAGCUGUGGUUGCCGAUGUGAAAACCACAUCAAAAGAAAGUGAACACUUGUCUCCAAAAACAAAACAUAGACCUCAACAGUCUUCUCCCAGCAGGAAAAGGAUAGAGAAAGAAGGUGGUGAUAAAGAGAGGCAUGGAAGAUAUUCUGAGAGAAAGGAAUCGGAUCGAAAGGAAAGACGGAGUCAGGACAAAGAAGAGAACAGAAGGAAAGAGAGACGGCCUACACGGCAGCAAAGAAAGUCUGGUGAAGGAACAGAAUCCUCUAGAAAUAAAUGUGAUCGUGGUGAUGUUGUAAAAGACUCGAGGCGAAAAGAUGAAACUGGGAUAAAAGAUUUGAGGUGUAAACUUAGUAGAAAUAAAAGGCAGGGAUCCAAAGAAAGUAGUAAAGAUUCAUCCCCGGACAAAGAAAUCAAAGAAAACAGGGAUUCAAAAAGUGCCAAGAAAAGCAGGUUGGACACUCCUGAUUCUCGCAAAGAAAAAGGAUUUUCAACAUCUGGAAGAAAACCAUUAUCUGUGAAACCAGAUUCAGUGGGUUCAUCCAGAAUUGAUGAGGUUUGGUCAAAGGUCAAUACAGGUAGCUUAAAAAAUUCUCAGGAAACCAUUGCUGACAAUGCUUUUAAUGAACCAAUGUCAAGUUCAAAGGUCAGUGAAAAGGAUGAAAUGUUACGGCAAACAGAAUGGACUGAGAAGAAACCUUUGACUCCAAAAGCAAGUCAUAAGCCUAUCGAAAAUAGAAAUGCAAUGAUGAUUUCAAGUGUUGAGGAGGCUAUGGUGAGGGUGAAUGAAGAAAAAAUUAGCAAGUAUCGUGGGGCAUUCAACAAUGAAGUCGAAGCGUUGACUGGUGAGUCGGACUAUUGUAGUGGAAAGGACCCGAUGAAAGCCAAAGAAAAGGGUGCGGAUGUCAUAUCUCCAUAUGCAGAGAUCAAAAAAGGAAUCCAUAGUAACAGAGACAGAGAAACAAAUAGGUGUGAUGAAAAUCCAACGUCGGUUUUUAAAUGUCCAAUUAGUACUCAAAAUGUUUCAGGUGACAAAGACGUAUCUUCUGUUUUUAUAGAAGAGUUGAUAUCAAUGGAUGAAAACUGUAGAGACAUUUACAAUGAAAAGUAUGAUGAACAUGUAUUGAAAGAUAAUGUUGCCAGUGAAAGAGAUGAGAAUAAGAAUGCUGAAGGUUACACUUCGAGUGUACCUGAUGCUCAGGAUGGUAGCUUGAGCUGUUUUGACGUUAAACUCCAUGUGUCCGAUAAAGAAAUAAAAGACUUACUUGGAAAUGAAGAUAGUUUAAGUGAAGGUAUUAGCAUAGCAAAACAUGACGUAGGGAAGAAAUCGAGAGAGAGUGAAAGAAGAGGAAGUUCCUCCAGAAAUACAUCUAAACAUUCCUCUACUGUGGAUAAGAAGACUGAGAAGAAAAGCAGUUCAAGGGAGAAAAGGUCCAGUGUGGAUAAAAGGUCCACUGUGGAUAAAAGAUCCAAUGUGGAUAAGAAGAGAGACAAUGAGCCAGCAUUUUCUAAGGCGGUUCUCAAACUUCCACUUGGAUCCAAAAAUGUUUUUUCAGAGAGUGUGUUUGAGAAUACCAAGCCAGUUUCUGUAAAGGAGAAUGUAUACACAUCAUCUAAAGGAACAAAAAUUGUUCUGAAGUCCGAAUCUUUGAAAGCAGAAAAGAAAUCUGUUCCAAAGAACAGCCUGUCCAAGAAGGAAUAUGACGCCGAUCGUGAGUUCCUUAGCCAGUUAAAAAGGAAAUAUGCAAAGGAGGAUUUGAAGAAUGUUGCAAAACAUGGCAGUCAAAAGAGAGAGAGUGCAACUGCUGCAGAGGUAAAAGACAGGGACUUGCUGGUUUCUGAAUGUCCAAACUUUGAAUUAAAUUCUGAAAAGCAUAGAAUGACUACUGAAGAACAAAGUCAAAAGAAAGAGAGUGCAACUGUUGCAGAGGUAAAAGACAGGGACGUGCUGGUUUCUGAAUGUCCAAACUUUGAAUUAAAUUCUGAAAAGCAGAGAACAACUACUGAAGAACAUCAGAAUCAAACUGUAUGUAGGGACCUAACAGAAAUUGCGUCGAUAUCUCAAUUAGAUGAGAAAACUUCAAUAUCUAAAAGUGAUCAAAAAGAAAAUGAAAGAGAGGGUAGAAAACCCGAGUCAGCUCAAUAUGCAACAAGUGAUCAUUCUAAAGUUGAGAGAGAGAAGAGAAGUAUGGAGAGAGUUUCUGUAGAGAAGGGUGCACAACCUCUCAUGGAGCAAAGGGAAACAUCUUCGGAAGAUCACAUUGUAGAUAGAGUAAGGAAGUGUGAAGAUUCAGCAACCAUUACCUCAGGGAUUAAAAAGCAAGAAUCUAAGGAAUCUACCUCUGUCAUUCAAACAACUACCGGAAUAUCUAGUCUAGAAUCAAAACAAGACUCCACUAUAUCAGGAGAUGUCUGUCAACCUUUGUGUGAACCUAUGGAAUUGGAAGUUGUUCCAUCAGUACAGACUACCAUUCAAAGCAAAGUAAAGUCCAGGGAUGAGAAAACCUCCAUUUCAAGCUUAAAAAAUGGUGUAGAGUCCUGCAGUGAACCUAUAGUGUCAAACAUAUCAGUUUUAAAGACCAAAGAGCAAAGUUCCCUUGUAUCCAUUGACUUCAUUCGCAGCAGUAUACUGAAAAAGAUUGAAGAGAAGAAAACUGUGUGUAGUGAGACUUCUAUGGAAUCUGUGAUAGAUAGCAAACAGAAUGAUGCAAGCCCUGAAAGCAAUGUGAGUGUUACAAGAUCUCAAAAUGACCUAAAGACUGAACAACCAACAAAUCUGGUUUCACACAUGAAAAGGAACUCACCUAAGAAACAAACUCAAGAAGAAAAAGUUCAAUCAUUAUGCAGUUUUAAACCACCAGAAGUUGGGCUACAGAAGCAAAAUGUAUGCAGGGACUUGCUAACUGAAACUGAGAGUAUAACUGAGUUUUUCGAUGAAGAGAGUCAGCUUGAUCUGAAUGGAGCUGUUUCGCUUCGAGCCAGGGAUGGAAUCGAUGUCAGAAGGCAGUCCUUUGAGAAAAAUUCUGAGACAGAGGAAGGAGAGCAGGGGGUGAGGUCUUCAUCUUUAGUGGAGGAGAUGGAAACGGAUGUUGUGGACGUCCAUGAGAGUGAUGUAUUGACACUGCAGGACAGUGAAGCAGAGGAGGGUGAAGUGCAUUCCUCUGACACUGAAAAUAAUUUAGAUAUGGAAAAGUUUGUAUUUGGAAAAGAAAAAACAGAAAGAGAUCAAAAUGUAAAAGAUGGAAGGUCUCGCAAUAGAAGUGGUCGUUCUUCAGGAAGUAGGUCAAAGUCUGGCUCAAAGGAGAGAGAAAGGAUAGAAGUUGAUAAACCACGAAGAAGAAAUACUUUUGAAUCAGACAGGUCUGUUAGAACACCGAGAAGAGAUUCCCAGAGGAAAUACGACUCAAAGGAGGAUAGGAAACAAAGAGACAGUAGAUCCAAAGAAAGGCCUUCAAAUCCCAGUGGCAGUAGAGGCAGCAGAGAAAAGUCUAAAGAAAGGCCUCCAAUUUCCAACAUUGGUAGAAGAAGCAGAGAAAAAUCAAAAGAAAUGCCAACAACUUCCAGUGGCAGAAGAAGCAGCAGAGAAAAAUCUAAAGAAAGGCCCCCAAUCUCCAGCAAUGGUAGAAGCAGCAGAGAAAGCAGAAUGGAUGACAGAAAUUCUGACUCUAAGUCUUCAGCAACAACUAGAUCUUCAGCAACAACUAGACAUCGGAGGGAGUCCAGGGACUCAAAAGAACCAGAGAAAUACCCUAGAAGUCAUCUCAGCAGUGCAGAGGUGAAAUCAGCUAGGCUAGAGAGAUUUCGGGAUUCGGAGACUUCCAUAUCACGUCAUAACAGUUCAGAUGCAAAAUCAGACAGAAAUUCAAGCUAUCGAUCAGGUCUGGUUGACUCAGACGCCAGGUCUGUACAUAGGGAAGCAGCGAGGUCCACGCGUGAAGGACAUGACCCUGCGACCAGAAGGAAGUGAUUCAGAGUUUAUAGGUGUUAUUGUUUUAAAAAGACCGUUUUAUACUGUUUUUUAUGCCACUCCUUCAGAAGGAUUAUCGAGACUUGUUAAAACACCAAUAUUUAUUGAAUGAAAAUGUGCUAAACAAAAAAUCAGAACAUUUCUAUAAUAUUUUGAAAAAGAGUGUACCAGUAGAUAUGAAGAUUUAUAUCUUUAUAUUAUAUUACAUGUAUGUAAUGUCUUUUUAGUUUUUGGGUUUUUUUGUUAAAAAAUUUGUAUAUAUAUGCUAACACACAUUGUAUUUAUUUUACAAGGUAUAUAUAUAUUGAGUGAAAGAAAACCAAUCAGGUCAAAACGAAGAAUACUGGAAUUGCUAUUAAAAUUGUGUUUGAACUGAAAA